AUGAGUCUUUUCAAAGGUUCGAUUUUAGAGGCUCCGGGAGGGGUGAAUGGUUCGAGGAGGGAUUUUCUCCUGAAUCAUGAACGUUUAGCCAUCGAGAAGCUCGCGCUUGUGCGGGAAAUGUUAACAAAUGUGAUUGCUCGCGCGAAGGUCUACGGGGAUGGGUUUCAACGCCGACGCUACGAGGGGUACUCCCCGGAGGAUGUCUACCGCGCGGUUGCCAUUCUCCUUGACGAGGGGAAGGCGGAUUCUUUGCAGGAAAUGCUGACGGAGAUGUUAAAAGACUACACGAUGUAUCUGACCAACGAGCUGAAUUCAUUUGCUCAAGCCUGCGGCUUGUCAAAUCCGAUCACCAAUGAAAGUUCUUCCCCCCCGGAGGAGGAGGAAGCCGACGAGGAGUGGUUCGGUGUGGAUCUCACCGCGAAUAAAGAAAUUCCCGUGCGGUGUUUUAAUUUUUUGAUGGACACCUGGGAGAGCUUUUCCUUCGCGAUGGAGGAGCUUCAGCUGGUUUGGAGUUCUUUUGUCUAUCGUUAUUUGGUCAAGGCGACGAUUUACAAAGGCAUCAUUGAGGCGACGAUGGGGUUUUGGAUGGACGCGUUAAACGAGGUCCCGGCGGUCUUCGAGGCCUCACUCGAAGGGUUUAUGUGUUUACUGCGGGUGGAUAUCGCCACCGACGGCGCCCUCCCCUCCGCGCGAACCGACGAAGCCGGCGGCGGCAAAGGCGAUUUGGCCGCCGUAUCGGGAAAAAGGGCCAAAUGGGGCGAAAGCGACGCCGAGCCGCCCCUCCACCGCGCGGGGGAUUGCCCGACGUCCUCGCAGCCGCCGCCGGUGUCGGGCUUUUCGGGGUUUUCGACCUCCCCGUCGAUCUCGCGGUUUCGGCGCUUUAGCGAAUUACUUUUUACUUCGCAGCAGUACUUGCCGCGUUUACAGCCGAUGGUGGUGGGGGCGGUGGCGGGGUUUUACCGCAGCGCGGCGGCCGCGAUGUUGCGAGGCGGGGUCCCCGCGUGGGAUUAUUUCAACUACGCCCAGCAGGCCAUUCGGCGCGAAAAGGCGCGCGGGCGGGCCUAUUUUCCCCCCCAAACCGCCCUGCAAAUCCACCAGAUCGUCCUCCGGGAGCUGUUGGGAGAGGUCGGGAUAGCGGUCUUUCGGCGCGAUUGCGCGGGGCUGCUCUGGCGCGAUUCCUUCUGCGAGCCCAGGGGGGAGGACGCGGGCGGCGGCGAACCCGACAAAGACGAGGGGAUCCGGACGCUCGGGCUGGUGUGGGAUCUUCUUUUGCGCACCACGCAGGCCAACUUGGACGCCGUUGUUGGGAUUUUCCGCACCAACGUCGAGAAAAUCACCACCGCGCUGGCGGGGAAAAUCGCCGGCUUGCGGCGCACGGAGGCCGCGACCGCCGCGGGUUGCCACCGGGCGGUGGAAAAGUUGCUUGUCUUUAUUUAUCUCCUCGAGCGGGCCGUGAUCGAGUGCUUUUCCACAAACCGCACAGUCUUCCGCGCGCAAAUCGACAAGGGCCUCCAAGCGGCGUUGGCCGAAUACCAUUCCCCCGUCGCCGAGCACCUCGCCGCAUUCACCGAUGCCAUUUUUAAGAAGCUGGAGCGCGGGGAACUUCCGCUGGGGGAGCUGAAAAUGAAACCGAUAGCUUCUUAUCGACCCACGGAGUUCGUUUAUCGGACGGAAGACGACGCGAAUUCGAAUACCAUCCAACAUUCUGAUACUAAUAGUCUGGCAGUCUCGCGAGAGGGGGAGGCAGGGGGCGAGCGGGAAGAUCCCGCGCCCGCAAGGCCGACUUCGCGCGCGUCGCUGAUUUUUACCAGCGGGAAUGAUUAUUUCGAGCAAAUCGUCUUUGCCAGCGUGCACUUUCCCUCCAACGAGCUUUUUGGGCAUUUCUACGCCCAGCACCUCUUGCGCCGCUUGCUAAACCCCGGCCGUUCCAUCAAUAUCACAGCCGAGCGGUGCUUUUUGAAAUUUUUUGAAGCCGUUUACGGCUCUUUGUUCGCCCAUCGGUUCGAAGGGAUGUUAGGGGACAAGGAGAAGUCCGAAGAUUUGACCGAACGCUAUCAAUUGUGGGUCUCAUCCAAAGGGGAGGUUUCGCAUUCCCCCCGGCCCGAUUUUGAGAGCCCAAACGAGGAAACGCCCUCCACCACGGUGGAGAACCUUCCGCCGGUCUCCGCCGAGGAUUUCAACGGCCUGCCCGACCUCUCCCGCAUGGCGUUUCAUCUGUUUUUCAUGACCACCGGUUGCUGGCCGAAGUUUGGCGAGAUUCUCAACUUCCGCCUGCCCGCUUCUUUGGUUCGAUUAACGCGGAAUGUUGAACUUUUCUACCAGACGAUUCGCCCGACGCGGCGUCUUGCCUGGCUGCACCACCUCGCGCAGGGGAGUUUGCGCGCCCAACUCACCCCGGACGGCGCGGUGUGGGAGCUCGCAGGGACGUUUCUGCAAUGCCUGAUGCUCCUUAAAAUGGACGACCUGAGUGAUUCCCCGGGGAAAAGCGAGGGCGCGGCGGAUGCCCCGCUCCGCCCGAUUCCCAUUUUGGAGCUUUGCCAGCAGGUGGGGGUCGACCUCGACGCCCCCGAGGUGGCGAGGUCGUUGAUGGGGUUAUGCCAGGAGGGGUUUCCGCUUUUGGUGCGCGCCCGCCCGGGGGGUUCGACGGGGGCCUCAAGCCCGCCUUCCUCGCCCGGCACGCGCGAGCAGAGCGCGGCGACGUUCUCGAGCCCCGGCAAGGGCGGGAGCCCGAAUGGGCUGUUCAAGCAGGAUUAUGUGCGGUUGAAUACGGCCUUUACCUGCCCGACGCCGUUCGCGCGGAUGCCUUUUCAGCAUUUCAUGAAGAACGGCUUCGACGAUGCCUCCACCGCUUCUAUGGAAGAGCAGCCUUGGCAGAAGUUCGGGCAUUUUUUGAUGAUUUCGAUUAUUAAAUACAUCAAGCCCAAAGGCGUCGUGAAACACGAGGAGCUCUUCGCGAAUAUUUUAUCGCAAAAGUUUAACUUUGCGCUCGACGAGGGACUCAUCAAGCUCACAAUCGAAAAACUCAUCGAUCGAGGCAUUAUCGAGCGGAGUGGGAGAGAGGAAUACACAUAUGUCUUUUAG